AAGCAUUAUUGUUGAAGUCUGAACAUUAUUCGUGCUCAUCAUCAUUGAGCUCUCAUUAUCUGCAUCUCUAAUUUUAUUUAUUCGGUGAAUGCUUUAUCCACCAGCUUUUUUCAGAUUUAAUUGUUGCCGAAAUGUCUGUGAAGAGUUGGUCAUCACUGGGAGGAGGAGGAGACAAGGAACCUCCUCACCGGCAGAGUACUGACGACAUUGUCAAGAUGGGAUACUUAAAGAAGCUCAAGACAAUGAGAAAGAAAUACUUUGUUCUUCGAAAAGAUUCAGCUGAAGCUUCGGCUCGUUUGGAGUAUUACGAUUCUGAAAAGAAGUUCCGGGCCAAUAAUAGACCGAAAAGGAGUAUUACAUUGAAAACUUGUUUCAAUAUAAAUAAAAGAAACGAUACUAGACAGAAGUGGGUGAUAGCCCUGUACACGAAGAAUGAUUGUUUUUGCCUGGUACUGGAGAAUGACUUGGAGUUGGAUGACUGGCUCAAGAAGCUGCUCACCCUGCAGACCGGCGAAGAUAUUCCUGACGGCGAACCUCCACCAAGGCCUGCUUUCGAACAUGUUUGGCAGGUUGUGGUUCAGAAAAAAGAAUUGGGCCAUAGUAAAAAUAUACUGGGGCCUUACCAUCUUUGCCUCACAGACAAAACAUUGUCACUUGUGAAGAUGGGACCGAACGCUGAGACAUCAGAUCCCAUUGAAUUUUCGCUACACAGCAUCAGGAGAUGUGGCGAACUGGAGUCGUUCUUCUACUUGGAGCUCGGUCAGAUGGCGGUCACUGGUGCCGGCAACCUAUGGAUGCAGACUGAGGACAACAACAUCGCACAGAACAUGCAUGCUGCUAUUCUCAGUGCAUGCAAGAGGAACUCGCAGAAGGACUUGGCUCCGAAGGCGCGGCAUCGGUCGUCGUCCGCCACCGAAGCCUCCAAGCCAAUCACCGUCAACCAAAGAUGGGCAGCCGCACACUCCGAGGAAGGUUCACGACCUGUUGUACAUAACAAGAGUCAAAGAUACGGCCCGAUUCAUGAGAUCUCGACGCCUGCACUCGACUCUGAGACGGCCUCUCACUCUGUUGCACCAGCAGGGGCUAUGACAGGGGGUGGGGGUGGGGGUGCAGUGCCCAUGCAUCAGCGCACCUACUCGUUUCCCCUCUCGCCCCUCCCUCCUUCGCGCCGCGCCAGCACUGGGAAUAGGCCGGCAAACAACAAACACUACUCCUCCUCCUCCUCCUCUACCACCAGCACAUGUCACAAUAGCAUGGUGGGAGUGGGAGGGGGACGGGAGCGCUGCGCCAGUAUGCCGUCUUCACGCCAGCGCACCUCGAGUGAGGGGGGUCACCGCUGCCCCUCCUUUGCCCGGCCCAGCUCCAUCUAUAACUCCUACUCGCCGCAGAUGACUGAUCUCAGUCCUGUCAGUCCUGAACGUGAAGGGUUGACCGACUCGUCACUUUCUAUGGAUGGUGAUGGCAUGGAGUUCAGUGAGGGUUGUUGGCAAGGGCGGGAUUGCGAGAACAGAUUGGGCCACUCGCUCACUCCCGAGGAGCCCGUCAUUAUGGAGGAAGGCAGUGAAGAUUGCUUGAGAUGGACUUCUGGAGAAGAGGAAAGAAUUAAUAAUUCUACAAGAGAGAGGUCUCUGUGUUUACCAAUCCAAAACAACAAUCUGCACUACAGAAAGAUUUCGCCAAAUUCCACUGCAGGAUUCAAACCCAGCUCACCGUCUCAGGCUUCCCUAUCUGACAUGUACAGCCCACCCUGUGGUUCUUCCCCUCUGGAAACAUCGUCUGCUUACAUGCCUAUGAGUCCAGGUGAAAGAGGAAUGAUUGGAGUGAGAACAGGCGGCGCACACUCGGCCAACCACAGUCGAGGCAGCAGCCUCGCCGAGGAAGGAUACGUUCCUAUGGCUCCCUCAAUCCACGACGAUGGAUAUGUUGAUAUGGACAUUCAUGGUCGCUCCAACAGAAACUUGUCAGAACAAUUUGGUGACGGCGAGCUGUCUGCAUCAAGCAGCUGUUCGAUGACAUCUGGCACGCCAUCGACGGAUAUCCGCUUCCCCGAGUACACCCUGGAGAAGGUGAGCACCUACAUCACACCCAGCGAGGACGACCUCACGCCCAGCGAGCGCCCCGCCAGGGCCUACUCUGUCGGAUCAAGACCUAUGCUCAACAAAAGGACGGAGAUUCUGAACCAAAGUGAGUGCCAGCAAAGAACAAGAGCUUUUUCGGUCGGAUCACGCUGCCCGCGCCUGCCGCCUGAAAGCACACUGCCUGCCAACAAACGAGCUCUGUCGUCGAGCCACUCAUCAGUCGAGCCAUCCGAGGAUCUCAUGGAAAUCGACUUUUCAAAAAACAAUAAGCGGCGCAACCGCUACUUCAAGAAGCCGUCGAGCGCCGAGCGACUGGCAGUGCCGCCCAAUGGUUCGCUCACCUCAUCGCUGGCAUCCUCCUACUCGACGGCUGAGGGCAGCAGCUAUAUGGACAUGUCACCUAGGGGCUCGCCAAAGCUCUAUGAGAAAGAGCAGGCUCACUCAGAGUACGUUCACGCAUCUUCGCCGAAAACGCACGAAUUGAAGUUUGGUCGUUCGCCGCCCAACUCGUUUGCCACUUCGUCUUCGCCGCCUGUGAUCGGCUUCUCGUCAGUGCUGGGUCAGGUGCCCGAGGGGGAGACCGGCUUCAUUGAGCCGCGCCCACCCCCCGAGCCACGCCCCUUCCACCAUGGCCGCUCUCCCCCCGCCGCCUCCGCGUCACCAUUGCGUCGUGCGACAGACGAGGGCGCCUACAUGCCCAUGCAGCCGGGUGAGGCCACCAAGUCGGUCGUCGCCAAGACGUCGAGGCCCAGGGUCGACUCCUUUCCAGUUGCCGAAACUUCCAAGCCCUCUAACCAAGCCCCAAAAACAAGUUCCCUGCCUACAAGACUGCCUAUCAGCUCUGUCGUCAACGCAAACGCCUCUCACAGUCUGAAGUCCAUCAGAGACGAGUCCUCGGAACCGAAUGCUCUAAAACGAAAGUCUUCCAGUGUUGAAGACAACAAUAACACAAAAAUGAUGAUGACCAGAACAGCACCGAUGGAGGUGCCCUCAUCACAGUGUUCCAACGAUGACUACGUGCAAAUGGCACCCGACGGACGCCCGGUCUCCAUCAGGAGGGUGUCUCUGGACAACUCGAGCAGCCGCAACGAAGACUAUAUGAACAUGACGCCGGGCAAUGGCAAUGGUAAUGGUAAGCAGCAGCAGCAGCAGCAGCAGAGGAAUGGGCGCAAGGAGCGCACUCGCUUCAAUUCGCAACCGAUCGCCAUUCGGUCAUCGACGUCGGGUGCGGCGCAAGCGCCCUGCUGCACUUACAACGGCGUGCGGAAGCUGUCGAGCGGCACGCCACCCAAAGUGCCAUCCUACCUGGGGCUGAGUGGCUCCUCGCCCUCCUCCAGUCCCUACUCGUCGCUGGGCCGCAGGAGGAGCAAGGCCGAGGCCGGUCUGGCCAGGUCGGAGAGCAGAGAUUCGAACGGCGGCCUCUCCACACCCGACACGCCCAUCUUCCGCAUCAGCCUCAACAGUCCCAUCUCACCAACCACGCCCACCUCCUACGACUCGGCUGCCAAGUGUCCGGUCGACGCCACCGACGGCACUAUACGUAUCUCCUACCUCCCAUCACAGCAACCAUCCGAUCAAAGUGACUACAUCAACUACAACCCAAGGCAAGUGAGUGGCUCCUGCGACGACUACCUGCCCAUGCAGCCGGGUAAGCCGCCUGAGCCGGUCAGGAAAAUAUCGGCGCCACCUGUCUUUGCCACAUGCAGCUCUGCAGCGGUCGCGGCAGCAUCAGCGGCAGCAGCAGCGUCAGCAUCAGCGGUUGCUGUCGUCGACGAGGUGGUCGCCGAUCUCGGUGGACUUGAGAUCAACUCAUCACAGCCGAGCAGUGUUUGUUCUGGUGCUGCUGCAGCUGCAAGCAGCCAGUGUUCAACCAUCGAGGAGAGUCCUGCUGAGCCAGCAGCCGCCACCGAACGCCACAACUGCCAUGCGCCGUCCACAAGCCAGUCAGCCCCCGCCAGUCAGCCGCCUAUAGCUGAGAAGGAAUUACACUAUGCUUCGUUGGACCUGGUAAAGCCUGAGGAGAGCAGGGUGGGCGGGGGCACUGACCUGCGCAAUCAGAGCUCCACCUCUUCAGCCUCCACCCCCAGCCCCAACAUACAGCACAACACUUCCACGGCUACAUUCACCUAUGCACAAAUCGAUUUUAGCAAAAAUAUACAUUGAUAUCUAGUUUCAAACCCUUUAUCAAAUAUUUAGUAAGUUAUACUAGAACGUGUGAAUAUAAUUGAAAAUAAAUAUAUGAAAUACAUAUAUAUUUUCAACUGUAGAACAAUGUUUGUAAAUAAUGUAAUAAGCAUGGCACAACAUAAUAUUCCUAUUCUGUAUGUUUCCCCGAUUCAUUAUUUGACGCAUAUUUUCCUCCCAUGCCAUUAUAUGCUUUAUCGUGUUAUAUUUUCCAUUUGUUCUUGAUAUUUUGUCGGAACAAGUACAUUAUUUGAGUUCAUGAUGCAUUAUUUUUAUUUUACUAUAAUUGAAAAUUAAUUAUUCCUAUACAAAGCCAUUACUACAAUUUGAACACUUCUGAACACAGAAUCAAUCCCAUUUUACAAGCUAUUCAGUAUUUUUCAUAUGUUGUUUGUUUUCGUUCCCUUCAUUGUGUGAAAUAUCUUACUAUUUCUUAUCACUGUUUCUCGUGGUAUAAUGCAUCAUCGAUGAAUCCAUUUCAGCUGUUAAUAUAAAAAAGUCCUUCUUCUAUUAAGGAAUAAAACACGUUCUUGAAUAUUGAAUAAAAGUCACUCCCAUUUGAAUGUUAAUCACCUCAUCCAUUCUGAAAACAGCUAAUAUUUUGAGCAGCUAAUGGUUUGACCGGACAAGACAUAAGAAACUACCUUUGACAUGAAUUAAUAAAAUCCAUCAAACAUUAAGUUCAGAUUUCAGAAUUUAACUUAUCUAAUGAUUGAUUAUAAUGAACUGAUCUCUAUAGAAAACCAUAAUACCAUGUCAUUAUAUGAAUAAUCUUUUAAAACAAAGUUUUGAAAAGUUUUCUAUCCUAUUUUACACAUCAAAGUUUCAUUCAAACGAAAUAAUUGAUCUACAAUAAGUAAUACUAGAAUGAGCACUCGAUAUUAAGUGUUUUUAAUAUUGUUGAAUAAUCACUACGUAGUUUAACGUAUUCAACAAAUGCAAAGUUACUGUUUUUCUUCAUAGCUCCUCAUUUCUUAAUAAUUUCAAGUCUAUAAAUUAAAAAUUUCUUCCAAUAAACUAACUAAAUUUUAAACCCUAAUCCUCAUUGUAAUAAUCGUUUUUUAAUAUCAAACUUCACGAUUAGAACGAUAUCUCAUAUUUUUAAUCAAAAAUCUGAAUUUUUUAUUUUGAUAAUUAUUCAUAUGUCAUCUAAAUUUAAAUGUAAAAAGUUAUUUUAUUUAAGGACCAAAAGCAUUACAAUGAGGAUAUCAACUUUCAUGAUUUAUCUUCAAUCUCUUCUCUGUUCCAACUCGCACUAUGAAAUGGGCCGGUAGUCAUUUUAUUCAACUUUUACUUGUCUUGAAUUUUAUAAUAGAAAUUCUUUUCUUAAAAAGCUGUUAAAACUAUCUCCCAACUUUUUAAAGAAAAAAUCCACAGAAUAAUAGACGAUUUCUGAGUUCAAAAGUGAUUUACAAAAUCCUUUCCAGUAAUUUAUUAUUAGUUUACAUUCUUUAACACGAGCUGUUCAUUCUUAUAUUCAUGUUUCUUUGUAUUCGAUACCUUUUAAAAUAACUAAUUCCUGUUAUCCGAAUAAUUUCAUUAUUGGUGAAAUUUUAUUAUGAAUAGGCCUUCAAAUACUCCAUAUUUCAGAAUUUCAUAUUUUUAUUCGUCGUUGUACAAAUCUGGGUUGAAUUUUGAGGUUUUGUCAACCGCUCCUCGGACUUGUCAACUUUUUGAAAUAGGAAGAAAACUAAAAAAAAAAAAUGCCUACAUUUUCUAGACUCGCUAGAGAUUAUUUUUUUUAAAGAAAGCGUUCUCUUGUGUUAUAGUUAAAAUCAGAUUCAGAAUCAGAUUAUCAUCAAUCAAUCAUCUUAUUAAAAAUAGUCCACGUUGAAGUAGUGGGGCACUAGUACUAUAUUUCUUCAAUUACUCUAGAUAAUUUGAUCAAUUAUCAAUAACUAUAUUAACUAUAAUAUUUGUUAUGAUUGAUUUCGUAUUUAAUUUUAAACUAGUCACUAAAUGAAUUCCUGAAAUACAACGAUAUAAUCAUUUAUCAUGUCUCCUUGCAAAACUAUGAUGAUUUACAUGAGUCUUGAAACCUCCCAAUAGUCGAACAAUUUUUAUGUAUAAUUUAUUGCAUUAAUUGAUGAAUUUUCAUAGUGUUCAAAAUUAAUACCAAAGUUUUUUAGAUACUACAACUAGUUUUGAACUGCAUUGUAUUGUUACUUCCUAUUAUUUCUCGAUUUAAGGAAGAAUAAUUAUAUUGGCCCAUACGUGCAUAGGCCUAUAUACAAGUGUUGGUAAUAAGUGACGAAGAGCACACAUUCAGCUUCAAUGGUUUAAAUGUGACGAAUUUGUAGUUUGAAUAUUAAUCACCAGUGAGUUUUCUAAAAAUGUAUAUUGUUUUCAUAUUUAUAUUGAUUGGAAAAUAAUUUUUACAGCAUAUUUUUUUUCUCAGUAACUCACCGGAUUUUUUUAUUAUACUUAGAUUUUUUUCGAAAUUACCUCAUUGUAAUAGAUAAGAAAGUUGAUUACCUCCAUUUUACGAUUAUUCAGGUAGUUAAUAUUCAUAAUGCUGAACUUUAGAAAUACCUCACCUCUUCUGGUGAUUUUUCUGUAUAAAUAGAAUUUUCGUAUCUCGAGGAAAGUCAGUUGAAAAUGUGCAAAAUGUUUUAAAAUAAGUUAGUAAACGUUUCAAUUGAGCAUUGGGCUUUACUUCUAUUGAAAUAUCAAUACUGAUUAUUGUUCAUCGAUAUCAUUUCAUGUUGAAUUUUAAAUUGCCCAACUAAAUACAAUCUUCAUGAGAAAUUAUAAAAUGUGACAAAAGCAUCAUGGGAACUGAAUAGUAGGACUCUUUUUGAAAUUGUAUCUACAAUAUUAUGUUGAACCUCAUAUCAAAUAUUAAAUUUGAAGCGACUUUGUUCCAACAACAUAUCGGGAAGAAAAUUAUUAUCCAACCACUAAAUCAAAAAACCUUCUUUCGACAAAAUUGUGGAAAAAUAAUCGUAAUUUAUCAAUUAUACAACUGAAUUGGUUAAAGCAUAGUUCAGAAAGGUUGUAUGUAAAUAGAGCUUUCGAUAUUCUAUAAUAUUACAUAUUAUGUGCUAACAAUAAUUCAUAUCACAGGAUUAAUAAAUAGUUCUUGAAUUCUGUAAAUUGAAGUAAGAAGUCAGUCGUAUUACUGGUUUUCCAGUUUCUAUUUGAAUCCCUCGCAAUUAAUCUAGUUGAAUGUAUCCUUCUGCUCUUGUGAAUAUUAGAUUUUCAACAAGAAGUUUUUGAAAUCAGUCUAUAUUAAUUUGAAAUCAUGAGUCAAAGUAAUUAAUGUACUGAUUUACCUGUAGGAUUGUUUGAAUCCAGAAUAUGCUCAAUGAAAAUAACAUUAGUCCUAGAUAAAAGACUGCAUAUUUUUUCAACUGAAUAUUAAAGUAUAGUUAUAAGUUUUUCUAACACCUUAUGCAUGUCAUAUGAAUUGUAGUUAUGUAUUGUAUGUUAAAUUAUACUAGUUUAAUUGAAGAUCUUUGAAUGGUUAACGUUUAGCAUAUUUACGUUCCUUUAGACUUGAAUUUAAAAUGAAUGUAUUGUCAGUUUAUUAUUGACAUUAGCUGAUUUCAAUUUGUAAGCAAGGCACAAACUAUUGAGUUGCUCCAAAUUGGUUCAUAUUUUAUACUCUAGUAAGAAUUAAUAUUAUUUUACCUUCAUCAGGUAAAUGUGUACCAUUUACCAUCAGGUAAAUGUUCGAAUGUGUACCAUUCCUUACUACCUUUGGUAGUAAGUAGAAUGAUGAAUGCAUAUUCAUAGAAAAAUUAGUUCGUGUAUUUUUUCUUCAGAUAAAUUUAUUAUUAUGUAAUUGAAUAAUCAACUAUCAAGUUUAUCACUAUUGUUAAUUAGUUCCUCAUGCCUAGCAGCGUUAGAGUUGAAUGUUUUGAUUCAUUAGAUUAAUAAUAUUACUAUUAUUGUUGAAUAAUGUAAAUACGUAUAAUCACUAAACAAACUGCAAGGCCUACUAUAAUAAUUAUAUAAAUAAACAUAAAAAUGGUAGGUUUUAGUUAAAUUUAUAUUUUUUAGAAAGUGGCUCAUAAAGUUGGUGCCAUUCCUCCAGCCCUUGAAUCUUUUCCGAAAAAAAUGUUCACUUAUGGCUGAUGUAUUGCUGUACACGACGAGCUCAUUAUACUGUAUUCAUUUCUUAAAAAAGAGAAUUUUGUAAUAACUGAUGCAGUAAUUCCUCGCCAACAAUACCAAACAUUUGUUCCUGUGCUUAAUGUUUUAUGAUAAGCAUGAUUUCUCUUUUAUAAAUGAAUUAUUCAGAAUGAAAUAAUUUACUUGGUGGGCUUGUAUUCCGCAUUGAAGUUCGUAAACACUGACUGAGUGCAAGCAGAAAUUUAAGAAAGAGUACCGUAAGUUAUGUUUUACUUAUCAAAAGUUGGAUGACAUUUCUACUUUCUAAUUCUCAUUAUUUCUUAUUAUUAAUGUAGAAGAAAAGUCUUCCUUCAUUUAAAAAAACCUUGAAAAAGUUAUAGAAUUCAUUGGAAAAGUAAUAACUUUGUAAAUGUGCAGUUAUAAAAGUAUUCACUCUUGUCAUUAUUAUGUUUGCUUUUUACAAUAUUUUUAGAGUUGGUGGGGAAAUACUGUAUUGCAAUUUAAUAUGAAUACUGAAAUAUGAAUGUAAAGUAUAUUGUCAGAGCUGAUUCUGUAUCUUAUCUCUUAUCCAAGUAUAUAAUAUGGCAUUCUGAAAGUGAUUGGUGCUAAAAUUCUAACCAUUAAUUGAUCCCGGCUUGAAAAUAGAAUACUUCCACAUACAAUAUCAUAUCAUAUCAUCUCAUAUCCAAUUAUCCAAUUCCAUAAAGCAGCAUUAAUCAACCAGGAAAAUAACCAUGUGUGUGCUCAAGUCCUUAUCAUUUGUUUAUUAAGCUUUUUUUGUCCUCCAUCUCAAAAUUUCUCACUCGCCUUAUAUCAAUUGAAGUAUUAUUUUAGUACAAUAUUUAUUUUCGUAAAAAUGUGUGGCGGAAUGGAAAAUGCACUAUCGUUUAUCCUGCUUCAAGCGAACCCACGGAGGUCAAUUGUUUAGGGAAAUGGUCAACUCUUUCGACUUUUAUUAUGAAGAUGUGGGGCUUCUCUUACAGCUUCUGUCCAUAGUCUCUCCUCGCUAAAUUGAUGUCCAUUCUAUUCCCAAUCUCAUCGGUGACUGCAAGAAUCCCGCAAUAAAAGUAUAUUAAAUUCUCAUAUAAAAUAUAAGAAUGUACGCGUAUUCAAACCCUUAUCACCUUCAUGAUAGGUGUAACUUGCUAUUCAAAUUUAUGACCGACCAGUUUCUUAUCCAAAAUAUAGGUCUACUGACCACUCUCGGAUUUCAAAGAAUCUAUUCUGAUUUACUCCUUGUCAGAUCUACCAAAGAUACAUUAUGCGAUGUGCCUUCUCAAAAAUUAAUAUGUUCAGAUUAAAAUAAUUAUUUUGUAAUUUAGGGUGCUGUUCUAUAUAGAGUAUUUCAUCAUUAACUCAUCAUUUUCCUACUGUAAUGAAAAUAGUUUCCAGCAUUCUACUUGUUGAAUGAAUUAUAUAAAUAUAUCUACAUAAAUUUAAUAAAGUUAUCACAUAUCCCAUUUACAAGAAUUACUAUUAUGAUAAGUGCAGUAAUUUUCAAAUUGCUUUUAAAUGCCUUGUAACUAUGAUCUGUAAAAAUGAAAAUUAAUGAAAACUUUACACUAUGAUUAUCUUGAAAUAUUCUUCUCGUCUGAAAACUAUUAAAAUCUUUGUGGAAAUUGUGUGUUUAUUAAAGGUUUUAUAGACUUGUAUUUCUUAUUAAAAAUAUUUUUAUAACAAAAUAUAAUAAUUCUCCAAGAUAGCAAGCCGCUAUUGAAUAUUAUUUUAAUAACAAUAGAAUACAGUAGUCUAUUGAAACUUGUUUUGGUUUAUGUUUUUUACAAUAUCAUGUUUGCUUAUUUAGUUGACUACUGCUCAUCUUUUUUGUAAUUUAAAGUCUUCCCAAUCACAAAACGAUUUUUAUAAUAGUUUUAUCUUCAGACUCGAGUAGUAUAUUCUGCUGAAAUCAUUCUGUGAAGUUUUCAAAGCAAGUUGAAUUGUUGGAAAUGUUUAUACAGAUUUAUUAAUUAUCAAUGUUAUAUUCUCCCUUUUUAACUAUAACCUGUUGCGAAAUUUAUCAAAUAUUAGACGCUAGAUAGAAUUAUUUUGUAAAUACUUAUUGUAGAGUAGCAGUACUUUUAUCUGGUCUUAAUUGAAUUCGUUUAUUGUUAACAAAUUUGACUCCUUUUAACGUAAUUUUCAAAGUUUAUAAAGUUACGAUUGCUCGCUCGAUAGGCCUAGAUGAUUCUGCCAACAAUAACACUAUCAAAGCAAAAUCUAUUGUUGGCUCUUAGAAACUUGGUUUUCAGUUGAUCACAGGAAAACAAUUUUCUUAUUGUUUUUAAGAUUUGAUUCUUGUACAGAGUACAGUAGUUAACAAGUUUCAAAUAUUAUAAUUAGCUGUUUCUUCCUCAACGGUGUAUUGGCAUUAGGUGACAAGAAUAGAAUUUAUUGGAGAAAGAUUUGUGCUAUUAGCCGUCCACUAUUGUGUUCAAUAAUUACUGCAACUAUUGAUGUUUUAUUAUACUGUUUGUAUAUCUACAUUCUCUUCCUAUUGUGCUUCAUUAUACUGUAAAUCAACUUAUCGAGAGGAGUUGUUACUAUCAUUAGAUCCAAAAAUUAUCACAUAAUCAUGAGAAUGUUCUUGUGUUUCUUGAAAUAUACUAUAAUUAUAAUAUUCACUUUUUUUAUUCUUCAGUAUUAUAGAUUCACACUAAGUAAUAUCUUCAGAAUUGCUAUAAAUUUUAUUUGGGAUGAAUGAAUGAAGAUUCAGUAUCGCAUUUGAUUUCGUGUAGAAAUAAGUAGUUCGUUAAUACUGUGUACUGUAAACCUUAGUUCUCCAUCUUUUAUAUGGUUACUGUUGCAACAUAAUAUAUCUAUCAAUUACGCCUAUAUACUAAAAUUUUUGGUUUCAGUAAUUGCGUAAUCAAACUUGGAAAACUCAUUUUAAGGUUUUGUUCUUCAUUGUAGAGUGGAUUUUAUUAUUUAGAGUGUGCUUCAAUUUUUCUACAACACUAUUUAACUAUGAAAUAUCACUAUUCCUAAGUUGAUUACCGGUAAUAUAUUGAAGAAUUAUUAUCAUUAUAUUCUCUUCUUAACUGAAGUAUCGGUAUGACUUAUUACAAUAAUCAUUUCAGAGAACCAGUAGGCCUACGUGAAUGUUUGAUUAGUAUGAGCACUGUAGGCUAUCUCUGUUUUCAACUACCACAACUUAGUAAAAAUGUGUUGAAUUAAAAAAAAAAAAACUUUUUCAUCAUCGAUAAAAAUAAAUUGAUAAAUUUAAUUUCAAUAAUAAUCAUGUGGAUUUUGUUUGGCUUAUUCGACUAUCAAUUCAAUUUAUUUUCUCAAAUCAUUGCUAUUCUGAUUUGAGCACUAGAUUUGCAGAUGCGAUGCGCCACCUAUUAAGUAACAUUAGCAGAUUGAUAACUAUACUCAUGUUACCAGUUGGAGAAAAGCAAAACUGCCACUUGCCUAUGCAAGACCCACUACAAUAUUAUUUUAUAAAUGUAGUCUUUACCAUGGCUUAUAGUGGUAAUAGACUGUAAUAUUACAUAAUUUUUUAUAUUUGUCAUUUUUGUUUUGUUCUACUUAAUAGACACAUAAUGCCAAGUAAAGUUUCUAGUGUAAUUAUAAUAAUUCUGUAUAAAUGAGUGUUUCUUUAUCG